CCUUCAUCUCAUCACUCGCUCUCAGACGUUUCUGACAGCCAUGCCUUCACGAGUAGCUGUAAGGCUUACCAUCGCGUUCCUGGCCAUUGCCGCCAGCGCUGCCGGUGAGGAAUAUAUGGAGGCUGACGAAUAUAUGGAAUACGAACUAAAAGCGACUUGUUCGUAUCCCAGUCAAGUUGUAUGCAGUAAUGACUGCUCACAGGUCAACUUGUGCAUGAGUGUGGAUGGCGGCCUAUCGCCCACCGUGGUGGAGACCUGUGACGUCAAUGCCGGCCAGAGGUGCAGCUUCUCGCAGAAGACGUGCGUGGCCGAGGGCUCCUCCGACUGCCACAGCUUCGUCACCAACUUCACGUGCAACGACCUGGGCGCCUACCCCGACCCCUACGACUGCACCACGUACCACGUCUGCUUGCAGGGCGACACCACAGCGGAACUGGGCCACUGCGAGGACGGCUGGGCCUACAACGCGCUCACCAACGACUGCAGCCUUAAGACGACGGACCGCCCAUGCGUGGAGGGCCCAAUCGAUGGCUGCACGUCACCAGCGCAGGUGGGCGUGGUGCAGGAGAACCCGGCCAUCUACUACGUCUGCAUCCGCGAGAAUGGGAACCUCUUCCCAGACAUGCGCAGGUGCCACCACGGGCAGAUCUUCAACGUCACCACUGUCGGGUGCACAGACAAACAAGAAAAUUGAAGCACCGCGGCUUCUGGGUAAGAUUAAAGUCAACAGAGUACCUCAUCACCAUGUGGAGCUUCUGCCAUGUCCACAGCCAUUACGGACCACAGCGGCCGAAACUGGAACUCUGAUAGUGUCUCACAACCAGAAGAUGGACAUCUACAAUGAUCAUAGACAUAAGUUCAACAUCCAUUUUUCAGUUGUUUAUUAGCACCAGCACCAAGAAAUGUAAAUAAUUUGUGCAUAACUAGUCAAAAGCAACUGAAAACGUUACAUUAACUAAUCUGUGUGUCAAGUGUUUGAUUGCCAACCUGUUCACUGACAUAUGCCAAGUAAGAAAACUAUUUGGAUUUUAGCACAGCUUAACCAUAAUACUCAGCACAAACAUUUCAAAAGUACCACCAUACUAAACAUUUCUUUUUCUACGGUAAAUAAAAACAGACCCAUAACUAUAACGUCUAUUAAAAUAUGUUCUAUACAAACUCAUAUUGUGGUAAAUAAUAUCAAAUAAACUAUCCAAGAAUAAAGUA